AUGCCUCGCAAGCGCAAAGCCCAGUCGUCCGUUUCCGCCGAACCCACCAGCUCCAAGCGAGCCAAGGCCAAUCCCACAGCUCCUGCCGCAGAGCCGCCCAAACCCACCGGCCCAGUGGUGACAUGGUCGCCCACGCCCAUGCCUGAGUUACCUGUCGAGAUCAUCCAGCUCAUCUCGGACUUCAUGCCUGCUGCCGCUGCUGCAAGAUUCGCCAAGACCAGUCGCUACCACCAUGCCGCCGUCAACGACGUCCACUACUGGGCCGUGCGUCUCCACAAGCAUCCAUCCAAGCCUGCCUUCACCGAGGAGCUGAAGACCUGCAAGAGCAUCAUGGCCUGGAUCCACUGCCUCGAUACCACUCUGUGUGUGGGGUGUCGUCGCAUCAGGAUUCCCAGAAACAGCUACCCUUGUAUUCCCUACCCCAUUUGCUACAACUGCACCUUUGACCACGAUUCUUGCAUUUAUGGGUUGGUCUCGGUCAGUACCAUGUACAAGCUCUACAAGAUCAAGCCCGGAGACAUGCCAACGGGAUCGAUCUGCAUCAGCAAGAAGUGCAGAUUCACCUUUGGCACCUAUUACUUGCGCCCUCAGGUCAUGGCCCGCGUCGCCGAGCUGCAUGGGAGCUGGACCGCCUUCAAGGAGCGAGCCGUGGUCAAGAGAUGCCAGAAGGGCCAGCAUAUCCUCGAGCGCAAGCAAAAGAUCGCAGCCCUCCUGUAA